AUGCCCUACGCAGUCCUUGGUGCGACAGGAAACUGCGGCACUGCCUUGAUUGAGAACUUGCUCGGCUCCAGCACCAGCAAGGUCCACGCCUACUGCCGCAACAAGCGCAAGCUCCUGCGCCUGCUCCCCCAGGUCGCAGACAACAAGCAAGUCAACAUCUUCGAGGGCAGCAUCGACGACCUCCCGCUCAUUACGGCGUGCGUCCGCACCUGCCAUGUCGUCUUUCUAGUCAUCUCGACCAACGACAACGUGCCCCAGUGUCACAUGGCGCUGGAUACCGCCACUGCAGUCAUCCAGGCUCUACGCAUCCUGCAAGGCGAAGGGGCUACCAUGCCCAAGCUGGUCCUUCUCUCUUCAGCGACCCUUGAUGACCAGCUCUCCCGGAAUACCGCUCCCUGGGUCAGAUGGAUCCUUCUCAAGUCUGCUUCGCAAGUCUAUCAAGAUUUGGCCCAAGCAGAGACGUUUCUGCGAAGCCAGCAGCACUGGGUCUCGACAAUCUUUAUCAAGCCCGGCGGGCUCUCGGUGGACGUCCCGCGCGGGCAUAGGCUGAGUUUCACCGAGGAGAAGAGCCCUCUCUCGUACCUGGACCUGGCAGCGGCCAUGAUCGAAGCGGCGGAUGAUCCGGAUGGACGUUAUGACAUGCAAAACGUGGGUGUCACAUACGCAGAUGGGCCAGCUAGGUUCCCCAGGGGCGCUCCGAUGUGCAUCUUCAUGGGACUGGUGAGACAUUUCUUGCCUUUUCUUCAUCCCUACCUACCAGCGACGGGACCGAACCAGCCAUUCUGUGCUGCCCGCCGGUCCGUCAGUUAG